AGAUGUUUCAAACGAUGAUGUAUUUUCUUCGAAAAAAUAUGGGAAUGGAGAUCCCUUUGUUCCUCUACAUGCUCACGAGCUUUCUGAAGUACCCAGUCUUCCAGAAUCUGAUGUACGAAAAAGUCUGCCUUGCACAUCAUGACCAGGACUUGUCUUUAUGUUCGAAUGUAUCAGCCUAUUAUUCCGACAAAGUCAUACAAGCUGAAGCGAAUCACUUCUAUUUCUUAUCAUCCAUCGUACUCGUGCUUCCGUCCCUCCUCUCAACUCUGGCAUUAGGGGCAGCUGCGGAUAUGUGGAGCAUCAAAGUCCCACUUCUAAUCCCGUUUCUCGGUCUAAUCCUUUGCACAACGAACUAUAUUGUUCAAACUGUUUACAUGAGCAUGUCUGUUUAUAUGCUGCUUAUAAGCGAUGCUCUAUUUGGCAUUUGUGGAGGAUAUAUCUCAGUUCUCUCCACAACCCUCAGUUAUGGCGUAAAAACAACAUCCACUACUCGUCGAAGUAUUAGAAUAGCUGGUCUCGAAGGUGCUAUUGGUCUUGGAGGUACUGUAGGAUACGCCGUUUCUGGCACAGUCCGAGAGGCACUAGGAUACUCGUACACAUUUCUGUUGAUGCUUGUUCUGCAAGUAUUUGCGUUCUUCUAUAUUCUCAUCUGUGCAAAAGAUUCGAAGCGGUCUAGCAAUAUAGAGGACGAAGAUCAUCAAGGAUUCAUCUCCUUAGUUGUAAGGGAAUCAGCCGCGGCAUUGCUGGAUUACUGGCAGCUCUUGACGACUAAGAGAAGUAAUCGCAUCUUGCUUUAUCUGAACCUCUUUGCUCUAGGAGUGGAACUGCUUAUUUUUGCUGGCUUAAUGGACAUUCAAUACUCUUACCUGCGAUACAAACUGAGUUGGGGAGACAAGCAGUACGGCUGGUUUAGUGGGCUGCAAUAUGGAGUAACGACAGCAACUGUGCUGAUCGUAUAUCCACUAUUAUCCAUCAAAGGAUUCACGGAUGGUAUUCUUGGAUGUGCAGGUUUGACUGCAAAAAUGAUUGCUCUGAUAAUGCUCGCUUUUGUAUACAACUCUCCAAUGGCUUAUUCAGUUAUAGUGUUCACAUCUCUCAAUCGCUUUGUUUCAACCGGAUUUCGGUCAUUUAUAUCUGGGCUGAUUCAAUCUAGCGAGCAAGGAAAAAUGUUUUCGCUCAUUGCAUUGCUAGAAGGAGUAACAGGGCUGCUAGCCACUGCUAUUUACAACAAUCUUUACCCGAAAACCCUAUCUUUCUUCCCUGGUUUUUUUCAUCUACUAAGUGCUGUUCUUCUAGUCAUGCCACUUAUCAUUCUUGGAUUAUCAGAUCGACGGGUUAAAUCUAUUCUUGACCAACAAGAAACCUCAGAGCCAGUGUCAGCGACAACAACAUGAAUAAACUUCCGUCUCGAAACAAUUCUACGUUGUUGCCCCGUAACACCGGCCAUUUCUUUUCACUUUGUUUAGUUUUGGUAGUUGUAUAGGUUCCGACUGCUAACGUUGU